AUGUCCUUAUGUUAUUGUUUUAGACGAAGAUGGCAUGCGUUCAAGAAUAUUGUUUACGGGUACGAAGACAAAACUUACAAUUAUCGACAACAACAUGCACAAGACCGUUGGAAAAUUUACGCUAAAGAAGAACAAAAUAGACAUGUCCAUUUCUCUGAGAAGGAAAAUUUUAGCGAGGUAUUUGAUGAAUAUAAAAAGUAUUCAGAAAACUGGUGUAAUUAUUGCAUACCAAACCGGCAAGUAUAUGAAGCGUACGGAAUUGAAUUUGAGAGCCGGGAAGAAAGGGAUGCAUUUGAAAGUAAAAUGGAAUGCAUGGAAAAGAUUCUGGAGAACGAACUAUACGAAAUUAGGCAACAGCAUAUCCGUCUUAAGGAAGAACGAGCUAAAAUACCGCGUUUGAAGCAAAGAAAUGGCGGAAAACUUACACAGAAAGAAGCAAAUGUCUCCAGGAAUGAUUGUUCACCCACGCACGACUUACCGAAGACACGGAAAACUCUGGAUGACACCAACUUUCUCAGGACAGAUGAUAAUCCUUUAGUUGAGGAAGUCAGUCUGGUGAAUGAGGUUCAGGAUGUGCUUGAGCAGAUGUGUAGCUUAAGUAGGGAAUUAAAAGAUAUCGAGAAGAUAUUAAGUAUUGAAGUACGAGAAAGGAUAUUACAUCCAGAGCCACGUUUGAUUCAGAUCAAAGCACCUGAGGAUGAACUUUCGGAACAGAUGAAAAACGAUGGAGGAUUUAGGUAUUGUAGUUCAGAUAGUAGUGUACAAAGAAUUUCAUAUGAUACUUUACCUCCUCCGUUAACACUAAGUGAAUUUGUAGCAAAGCAGCCUCAAGGUGAUACAUGA